GGUAGGAAGAUGAGCUCAAAGGUUACUACAGAGCUGCUGAAGCAGCUGCGCCAGGUGAUGAGGAGCUCAAAGCAUGUCACAGAGCCCAUCCAGGCCUACAUCGUCCCUUCGGGAGAUGCCCACCAGAGCGAGUACAUUGCGCCCUGUGACUGCCGGCGGGCGUUUAUCUCUGGAUUCGAUGGCUCUGCAGGUACUGCCAUUAUAACCGAGCAGAAUGCAGCCAUGUGGACGGAUGGACGCUACUUUCUGCAGGCAGCCAGUCAAAUGGACAACAACUGGACACUCAUGAAGAUGGGGGUGAAGGAUACUCCUUCUCAGGAGGACUGGCUAGUGAGUGUGCUCCCAGAGGGCUCCAAAGUUGGAGUGGACCCUUUCAUCAUACCAGCUGAUCAGUGGAAGAGGAUGUCCAAAGUCCUGAGAAGUGCUGGUCACGCUCUCGUGCCAGUCUCAGAGAACCUCAUUGAUGUGGUCUGGGUAGAUCGCCCUCAACGACCUUGCAAACCUCUGAUCACCCUGGGUCUCAGCUACACAGGGGUGGGCUGGAAAGAGAAGAUCACAAUUCUGCGCCUGAAGAUGGCCGAGAGAAAGGUCCCGUGGUUUGUGGUUACAGCCUUGGAUGAAGUAGCAUGGCUGUUCAAUCUCCGAGGCUCUGAUGUUGAAUACAAUCCAGUGUUUUUUGCUUAUGCCAUCAUAGGAAUCAACAGCAUCAGUCUGUUUAUCGAUGGCGACCGCAUGACAGACCCGGCUGUGAGGGAGCAUCUGCAGCUCGAUUCCACCCUGGACCCCGAGUUUAAAAUCCAGGUGGUGCCGUAUGAGUCGAUCCUGACGGAGCUGCAGGCCAUCUGUGCUGGUCUCUCUCCCAAGGAGAAAGUGUGGCUUACCGACAAAGCCAGCUAUGCCCUGACCGAGGCCAUUCCCAAGGUUCACCGAUACCUCACCCCGUACACACCCAUCUGCAUGGGAAAAGCUGUGAAGAAUGAGGCCGAAACAGCGGGCAUGAGAAGAGCACAUAUUAAAGAUGCUGUUGCCCUGUGUGAGCUCUUUAACUGGCUGGAGAAGGAGGUUCCAAAGGGCACUGUGACAGAAAUAUUUGCUGCAGACAAAGCAGAGGAGUUUCGUAGCCAACAGAAUGACUUUGUGGAGCUGAGCUUUGCUACGAUAUCGAGCACUGGCCCAAACGGCGCUAUCAUUCACUACAAGCCAGUUCCUGAGACCAACAGAACCUUGUCCGUGAGUGAGAUCUACCUCCUGGAUUCUGGAGCUCAGUACAAAGACGGCACGACGGAUGUGACUAGGACAAUGCAUUUUGGCACCCCGUCAGCGUAUGAAAAGGAGUGCUUCACCUAUGUCCUGAAGGGCCACAUUGCUGUGAGCGCAGCCAUCUUCCCAAAUGGAACCAAAGGUCACCUUCUGGAUUCCUUUGCCCGCUCUGCCUUGUGGGACACUGGCUUGGACUACCUGCAUGGAACGGGACAUGGAGUCGGGUCUUUCUUGAACGUGCAUGAGGGCCCAUGUGGCAUUAGCUACAAAACCUUUGCUGACGAGCCCCUGGAAGCUGGCAUGGUUGUCUCUGAUGAGCCUGGAUACUAUGAAGAUGGGUCUUUUGGGAUCCGAAUAGAAAAUGUAGUUCUCGUGAUCCCUGCUGAAACCAAGUACAACUUCAAGAACAGAGGGAGCCUGACCUUUGAACCAUUGACCCUGGUUCCGAUCCAGACCAAAAUGAUUGAUGUUCAUUUACUGACGCAGAAAGAGUGUGACUGGGUGAACAAUUACCAUCAGAAGUGCCGGGAGGUGAUCGGGGCAGAGCUGGAAAGGCAAGGCCGACACGAAGCUCUGCAGUGGCUUCUCAAGGAGACGGGACCCAUCGCCAGAAUGCAAUGAUAACGACUCUUCCCCGGGGAUCGCUCACCGUCAGGCACAGACAGCGCCCGUCUGCUUUGAAAAGUGGAUAGGGUUGGAAGAAAACAGUUUGCUAUCCUUUGGGGAACACGGAGGGGGCGGGAGGGGGCAUUUUGCUUGUUUUCUGCGUGUAUUUGGUUACGGGGGAAAGAAAGGAAAGAAACAAUUUCUCUGACCGUGAGCAAAUAUUAACAAACAAACAAAAAAAAGUCUUGAAUUUGAAAUCUGGGUUUUGAAGAAGUGAUUCUAGGAGACAGCAUAGGAUGGUUUUGUACUUCCUGGUUUUUCCACUGUGAACACUCAGUGAUUUUUACAUUCAAAAUCCACUUCCGUUAACAGUGGUGCUAACGAGUGUACAUUUCUGACCAGCUAAUAAAUAUUUCCAAGUCCU